AGCUAGCUAGCUAAGCAGCGUAAGCGAAAUAAAGUUUGUUGACAUGAAUGUUGAUGGCUGAGCUUUAAUCUGAAACUUGUUGGGUUAUUACCUAGUAUAAGAAAAAAUGUUUAAUUCACCGCUUGGAAUCAUCUUUCUCGUUGGUUUAUGGUAUGGUGGAGAAGGCAAUGCAAUUGAAGAACCAGCACAAAAGCUCUUGCACAGAGGAGAGUCGGGAGACCAAGGCUCAUGUCCAAACCACUUUGCAGAAUUUUUCUACCAAAUCUCACAAAGGAAUCGAGGGACUAUAUACCUAGCAGACACUACUGACAUCGAACAACAGGCGUGGCUAUCUACAUCAUUCCAAUUAUUUGAAUUGAGUGAAUUAUUGAAAGGGCUAAAUGGAACUGCGGGAAACAAGUCACAACCAGACCAGAAACCAUCACCAAAGUUCAAGUGCGGAGAAAAUGGUGGUAUUGAGAAUGGCAGUGGGGAGGUCAUCAUGGUCAACAGCUCUGAACUUGUGCGUCUCGUUUCACAGCGGCCUAACGCGAGCGCAAUCGCAAACUCAUCUGCGGAGGCGAGUACAAACACGUCGGACAACUCUAGCCAAUCUUCAGAGAAUGUCUGUGUGGUAGUGAUGUUUUUUGCCACUUCUUGCCGAUUUUCAGCAGCCACAGCGCCUCAUUACAAUGCAUUUGGGAGAGCAAUGAGCGCUGUAGAUGUCUUGGCAUUUGAUAUCAAUCAAUCUAAUGGAGUGAAUUCCAGGUAUGGCAUCGUAGCUGUACCAAGCAUCGUCCUCUUUCACAAUGGCAAGCUAGCAGCAAGGUUUAACGAGAGCCAAAGGUCUUUGGAGAGCAUGAUGGACUUUGUCCACAACUUGACUGGGCUACCGGUAAACAAGUCUGUUACAGUUUUAGAAGGAGACCAUGAAGGACCUGUUCCAACCACAGCAGUGAUAGGUCCAGACUACUUCCUCUGGUUCUCUAACACGUUCCUGUUCCUGUGUGCACUACGCCUGUUACAGCAGAAGGUUGGAGCAGCAGUCAGGGCUAAGAUCACAGCAAUCCAGGAAUACGUUGUCCAGGUCUGGAGGACGGGUGAGUUCUAUGAGCAGGUGGGAAUCGCUGACAAUGACGAAGUGCCAAUGAACAAUGAUGCUGCUGAGAUCAGAUGAUGAAUGCCUUCCAUGCCCUGCUGACAGUUCAACCUGAAAUCCUUGGCCAUUUGAGUUCUACGAGCAGAAGGGCAUGGCUGACAAUGAGGAAGUGCCAAUGAACAAUGAUACUACUGAUAUUAGAUGAUGAAUUCCUUUCAUGUUCUGCAGACAGACAGACCUGGAAUUCGCUGCCAUGUCUUAUGUAGUGUGGACAUGACAAACUGUGGUUUUCGCGCUGUUCUUGCCAAGAUAAUCCAUGGCAAAUGUUUUGAUUGCAGAUAACACUUCAACCUUGCAUCCUUGGUCAUGUUAGUGAUGCUUUAGAUGAAGCAAAGUGUAAUUCAUGAGCUGUUAAUGAAGAGAUGAUCUGUUGCAAAUUUCUGAGCAUAUGUUAAAUGCAAGGUGCUGCAAUCCCACUUCCUUUCAGAAUUACAUAUGCACAACAAAAAUUGGUUGGUCUGGCAAAUUAAGAUCAUACUUGCCCAGCUAGAUGAGCAUAGUAUUUCCAUUUCUGUCGACUGGGUACAUACCAAUGUACUAGGAUUCAAAAUUUGUGUUUGAGCAAGUGUUACAGUCUGUGUUGUCCAUUUGUGCAAGCCAGUACAAUGGACGUCUACAGGGAUAACAUUCAUGGGAUCUGAGAUAAUUGUCAGUUUUUAGCAUAAUUUUCGGAGAGUUCACUGAGAAUCCUACAUUUUUCAAAAUGGGGUUCUAAAAUGGUGAAAUAUGAGAAUUAUAUUCAGAAAA